AUGGACCCUAAUCAUGGCGGGCAUGACCUGAGAGUGCUACCCAUGCUUGCCUCGAACGAAAACUUUGCACGUCUAACGACUGCCUUCGGGGCCGGGAUAGCGGCACAUCUCAUCAUAUUCAGGCGGGGAGAAUGGGAUGUCGCUGCCACCAAGAUCCCAGUUGGUCUAUUUAUCCUCCAAAUCUGCAUAUUCAGCUACUACCUCUUGGUCUCCGGCCCGUCAACUUCAAUCUACACUGCGCUAUGGCUGGUAGGCCAAAUAACCCUUGGCUUGAUAGCAGGAAUCACCGUCAGUAUUCUCUCCUACCGCGCAUUCUUCCACCGGCUCAACAGCUUCCCUGGCCCCUUCCCCGCUCGCCUCUCAAUGUGGUAUGUGACCAGCCUAUACGCGCGGAACCCGGAUGCCUUCAACACCGUGCGUGGGCUGCAUCAGCAGUACGGCGAUUUCGUGCGCACGGGACCAACAGAGCUUUCGGUGAACCACCCAGAUGCCCUGCAAGCUGUCCACUCCGGUCGGUCGGAGUGUACGAAGGGGCCAUGGUAUAGUAUGCUCCACCCGUUCAUCUCUCUCUUUGCGAUUAGAGACAAGGCGGAACAUAGCCGACGCCGGAAGCCUUGGGAGCUAGCAUUUCGACCUAAUGCGGUUCUCGAGUACCUGCCUGCGCUGGAGAAGGGUACCAAUGAGCUCUUGGAACAGGUCGAGAGGCGCAAGGGGAAGCCCAUGGAUAUGACUUACUGGAUUAAUCUAUUUACAUUUGAUUUGACCGGCCGAAUCGCAUUCAGCCAAGAAUACGAAUGCGUGAAACACAACAAGAAACAUCCUAUCAUGGAGAUUAACGACUCGUCCAACCUAGUCACCGGUGUCGUCAGCCACGUUGUUUGGCUCAUCUCCUUCAUCAAAGCGACGCCGGUCUUAAAUGCGAAUAUGAAGGCCCUCAUUGGGUUUUCUGAGGAACAAGUUCAAAAUAGACAGAAGAUGCAGACAUCCGGGCAACGGGAUGUCUUUUCGUGGCUGUGGGAGGAUUUCAAGGAGCAGGGAAAGGAGACGCCGCAAUCGAAACUUGAUUUGGUGGCUGAUGCAUCCCUCGUCAUAUUCGCAGGAAGUGGAACGGUCGCCGUCACAAUCAUUGGCUGUCUCUACUUCCUCACCUCCAACUCCCCAGAUUACCUCGCCCAAAUCAGACAAGAUCUCGACAAACUAGACGAAAUCAACUCGCAUAGCCUUUCUCAAGUACAUACUCUCAACGCCGUCAUCAACGAAACCCUCCGCCUCCACUACCCUGCCCUCUCCGGCUUCCAGCGCCAAACACCCCCAGGGGGUCUCCACAUCGCUGGACGGUACAUCCCCGGAAAUACUAACAUCAAGAUCCCCUUCUACACACUCUUCCGAGACGAGCGUAACUUUGCAGAGCCAGAGAAAUUCAUCCCCGAGCGCUGGACGACAAGAAAAGAGUUAGUGAAGAAUCCCGAGGCCUUCGCGCCGUUUUUGCUGGGCCCGUACAAUUGUCUCGGCAAAAGUUUGGCGCUUAUGCAAGUGAGACAUGUGCUUGUGGAGUUGAUUCAGCGCUAUGAAAUUGUGCUUGCGCCCGGUGCAGACCCGGAGAAGUAUUGGAAGGAGAGGACGGAUGGGUUUGUGAUGGGGUUGGCGCCGUUGGAGUUGUCAUUUACGGAGAGGAAAAUAGCUGGGUUCUAG